AUGUUAGACCUAAUAGCCUUCCAUAUUCAAGAGGAAAUCAUCAAACGACUUCCUAUCAAACAAUUGAUUAAGCUCAGAUCUAUCUCAAAAGCAUGGAAGUCGCUGAUCGACAACUCUUAUUUCAUUGCCACUCACAGUAGCCACCACACUCGUCUGCAAUAUCUACUCGUAAAGUAUCAAGAUCUGGUAGAUACUAAGGAAAAAUAUGUUUCUUUUAUCGACGAUGACACUUUCCCCAAACAGAGGUUUGUUGUAACUCGUCCUUCGUCAGUUCAAAUACUUAAUCUUCCAAGACUGAUUGAUUGCUCCUAUGGUUUGGUAUGCUUGUACGAUAAUCAUCCGAGUUUGAGAACUGCGAUGGCUGUUCUAUGGAACCUUUCAAUUAGAAAAUCGAUUGUUGUUGAUGUGCCUAAUGAGAUGUAUGUGGGACAUCCAACAGUUGUUGGUUUUGGGGUCUAUCCUGUAACCAUUGAUCCUAUGAUCAUCAAGAUUACACAAUUCAAUUGGUGGUAUACAGAGAAAAGUGAAAUCAACAACCUUUGGAAAGUUAAGAUUUAUACGAUGAGUUCUGGGAAAUGGAGAAUUCUAUCUAGCAAUCUGUUGAGUAAGUCAUUUCGAGUUACAUUUCCUCAGGUAGUUAUUGAUAGGUUUAUCUAUUGGUAUGCUUUGCACAAGGUGCCCAUAGAAGGUAGAUUAAGGAGUUGUAAUGUGAUUGUGAUAUUUGAUAUGAGUAAUGAGACUUUUGGAGUUGUAGAUCUUCCAGGUAGUUUAAAACACCAUCCUAACACAGAGUUGUGUAUUUCUAAGGUAAAGGAGUCUAUUGUCAUGAUUGAAUAUAAGAACCGAGUUUGUGAUGUAUGGAUGAUGUAA